UGUACCCAUUUGAACGAUACAUGAAAAUCUUAAAGGGUUAUGUGAGAAAUAGAAGUAGGCCCGAGGGUUGUAUUGUUGAAUCAUACAUUGUUGAAGAGACGAUUGAAUUCUGUUCAGACUACUUGUCAGAGGUUACAACUAUUGGCGCUUGUCCUACUCGGGUCAAUAGUGAAAUAAGUAAAGGGAGUAGGGGUGUUUCUGUUUGCGGUGUAAGUCGAGCUGAUCGUGAAGAAGCGCAUCGUCUCGUCUUGCAAAAUAUUGACGAGGUCCAACCAUACAUUGAGUAAGAUUAAAUCAACUAUUCAUACUUAAAACAAAUUAAUAAUAUUCAAUUGAAACUAAAAUCAAUCGAAUGCUUUAUUAUGUUGAAGGGAACAUUUUAAUUGGAUUAAGAGUAAUAAUCCGACUAAGGCAAGGAAUCAAAAAUGGGUACAAGAUGAACAUUAUCGAAAUUUCAGUACAUGGUUAAAAAAAAAGGUAUUAUAUAUUAACAUUAUUGUUUUGUUUCAUAUCUUAUAUAUACACAUGUGCUCACUAUUUCAUUGGUGCAUAUUAGGUAUAUGCUGAAAAUUGUGAAUCCCCAAGCAAUGUAUCCAACACACUGCUUUGCAUAUCACGAGGUCCUUCGUGUGAUGUACUCAAGUACCAAUCGUACUAUAUAAAUAGUACUAAAUUUUGUACCAAAGAUCGUGAUAAAUCUAGAAAAACACAAAAUAGCGGUGUCAUGAUAGUUGCUAGAGCUUUCCAAAUAUCUAGUUCAAAAGAUAAAAACCCAAUUGAAUGUAAUAUGUCUUUUUACGGUGUAAUUCAAGAAAUUUGGGAAUUAGAUUACAGUAGUUUUCAAAUUCCUGUUUUUCUUUGUGAUUGGGUUAGGAGUGAUAAUGGGGUUAAAGACGAUGAACUUGGAUUCAAAUUAGUGGACUUGAAUCGAAUAGGCCACAAGUCUGAUAGGUUUGUAAUGGCGUCUCAAGCCACUCAGGUGUUUUACAUGAGUGACCCAUUAGAUGCACGCUGGUCAGUUGUCAUGACAACGCAAGCAAAAGACUAUGCUAACCAAGAGCAUAAUGGCGAUGAUCUUAUGAUAAGUGAGCAAAUUCAUCAAAUCACUCCACCACCUAUUGAUGUCACCGUUGGGGACGAUGUCGUAUCAUCUCGUGAUGAUGGGGAGGGGUUAUGGGUGAAUGAAACUAUCAAGCCAUGAGUUUUUCAACAUGUGUUGGACUAUUUAUUAUGGAACCAGCACCAAAUGACGAUGAUGAGUGGGCUCAAUAUGAAGAAUCAUUCAUGCCUGAAGAACAUAAUAAUGAAGUUGAAGAACCUAAUAUUGAAGUUGAAGAACCCCCACCAAAGCAGAAAAAUACUAGGGGUAGAACCAAAAGACUAGAUAUAACGAGGCUGGCAAGCGAGGGCAAAAAAUUAGAAAUUGAGUACAACAACCUCGGACAACAAUGGGGAAAAGCAGCAACUGAUUUAGUUUCCCGGAUUGGGGUGUGGGUUCGAAUUAACAUACCACUUGUGAAUAAAAAGUGGCCACAAAUUGAUAAGGAGCUGAAGAACAGAUUAUGGAAUGAUGUUAAGGGUAAGUUCGAGCUGGAAGAGGAGGCAAAGAGACGAACAAUUCAAAAAGCUGGGGAGAGAUGGCGGGAUUGGAAAAACACCUUAACAAAAGGUAUUUACAAGGUUAAAGAUGUGGCUCCACAACUUCUUGAGAAGCCACCGAGAUUGUACGAAGACAUAAUCGAUGAGACCGAGUGGACAGAGUUUGUGGCUUCAAGAUUAACUAAAGAAUGGGGGGUGACAAGAAAGAAUGCCCAAGCUAGCAGGGCAAAAAAUAUUUACCCCCACCGCUCUGGACGAGGUGGUGCGAGGAUGGUGGAGUUACAGAUGGAGAAAGAGUUAGGCCACCAAUUGGUCAAAAUUGAUAGAGCCGAUUUAUGGAAGAGACUUCGCACAAACAGUAAAGGCGAGUUGGAAGGCCCAGCUGUGGAAGUUGCCCAACGCAUUGAUGACUUGCGAAAGCAACUCGAAGAGGGAACAAUAAGUGUGGAAGGGAAGAAUGACAUCUUGACCAUGGCCCUUGGGACAGAUGAACAUGGUGGUCGAGUCCGGGGCUUGGGUUAUGGUGUCACUCAAACCCAAUUUUUCCACACUCCACGCCCUACAAAGAGGAAGAAUAAAGAUGAGGAUAAUGAAGCAUUGUCAGAUAUGGAUAAGCGACUCCGUGAGACAGAGGAGAGUAAUAGACAGCUUAAAGAACAAAUGGAUGAACUCCUGCGUAUAGUUCGUUCCCAGCAUAGUGGUGUUGCGGGUACAUCACAUGCGUCUGGUUCGGGUGUUGGAGGAGAAUCAAACAAACUAGCCCGUGAUGAUGACAUUGUUUCUGCUCCUGAAGCACAACCACAAAGUCCUGUCCAUGUCUCUGCUCCACGACAACCGAGUACACUGCAUGCUGAGAAGGUAACCGCUCCACCAGCUCCACCGCCACAUACCGAUGGCAUUUCAGAAAAGAAAUAUCCAUGUUGGCUGCAUGUUCGGUUGGAGCCUAGUGGAUUGUCAUUGAAAGUUGCUAAGGGAUUCAUGGUGAAGGAGCAAUAUUUGAAGAAUGGCAAGUUCUCAGUCCAGGGUUCUGAUUUCCUCUACAAGGAUUAUCGUCGGGUUUUCAUCGAUGAAGUCUAUGUAGAAAAUGCCCGUCUUCCAUGUCCCGUCGUUCAAAAUGGAUACACCACUGUAGGUCAUGCUGUAGGACUUUAUGUAGCAUGGCUAAAGGACUACAUUACGCCAGUUGGAGUAGAGUUGACGCAACGCCCCAAUAACCAAAUGCAGAAGAAGCCACCUGUGAGUGGAAAAGGACAAGUAUCUGAAGAAUUACUUGGUCCUCGAACACAGCCUCAAAAAAUACCAGAGAGGCCAAGUAAAAAGGGUCGCUACGUUGCACCAAAAAGGACUUCAAUAAUCAACAACUUUUUUAAGUUACUCAACAUGUGGCCAAAAACAACAACAAUCCACUUUGAGGCCAGCAAGGAUUUAUUUGGGGUUGAAAACGACUCGAUAUGGCUUCCAACAAUUGACAUCAAGGAAUUGUGCCAAAUGGGAUUUUUAGGAGCCCAACCUAUUGCAAUCUGGUGCAAGUUUUUGAAGGAACGGUUGCUAGAUGUUAAUGGAUUAAGCAGACUAUAUGCAUUUUUAAAUCCUGGGGCCAUUGCCUCUGAUGCUGGGGAUUAUAAUGCCCGUUCUCGAGCACUGCGCAAACGUAUUCUUGAAAUUGAUAAUCCGGCUAAAUGGAUUAUUGCCCCCUAUAACAAUUAUAAUAUGUAUCAUUGGAUGGUUGUACUUAUCCAACCAAGUACACAUACAGUAGCGUACUUGGAUUCCAACAAUGGAUAUGUACCAGAAGAUUUAAAAUACAUUGUUAACACGUCGCUCAACAUAGUUAAUAAAAGCUUAACUAACCGCAAUGAUCGUCCCAUUGAGUGGAUAACUCCGAUAUGUCCACAACAACCAGACGGGAAGCAAUGUGGAUAUUAUGUCAUGAAAUUUAUUGAGAGUUUCAUGACCGAAGAAGAUCCAAUACGCCGAGUGAGAGAAAUGGGUAAGAGCGAUCCGUACUCAAAUGACGAGAUGAAUAUUUUGCGUGAUCAGUGGAUUGAAUAUGUUCGAGCACAAGCAGUGCGACAAGGGCUUUUACAAUGAUCAAUUUCUAUUUUUGUUUAUACUUUAUCCUAACUAAUUAGUGACAAUAUACAGUAAAAAUUAAUUAAUGUAGGGAAAAUUUUACUAUGUAAAACAGGAUCUGUUUAACUUUCACUAAUGACAAUAUAUAUACUUUAUCCUAA